AAGGGCCUCUGCUCUGCGCCAACCCAGCCUGGACGUGGCCAGGCUCCUUUUCUUAUGCAACGAAGACGGGGAGGGGUGGGAGCCUUGUAGCCUCAAGGGCCAGCAAUGCCUCGGCUGCACCUUGCCCAGCAGCCGCCCCUUUACACCUGCCUCCCUCCCUCUCUCCUCUCAGGGCGACACGCAGAAUGACACCUGGAUCUUUGCCCUGGCCGUCCUCCUCAGCAGCACCCUGGUCUACAACAGCUUGGGCACCAUUGACCAGAACGCCAUGGACCAGCUCCACUACGUGACGGAGCUGACGGAGCGCAUCAAGGCCAAGGCCUCUCCUGGGGGCGGCGCAGGCAGGGGCCUGGAGGACUCCGCCGAAUACUUGCGCUUCUUCCCCAGCUUCGCCUGGGCCUUGAGGGACUUCACGCUGCAGCUGGAACUGAAUGGGAAGCCCAUCACCGAGGACGAGUACCUGGAAAACGCCCUGAAGUUGAAGAAAGGUAGUAUGGUGUUGUGCAUUCUAGCAACAUUUUCUUCUUCUUUUUUGUUUCACCUCCACCUGUUGUUGGCAUCUUCAGAGGAUCGGGAGGGCUCCUGGAUCUUGGCGCUCCCCUCCUUCAGGCGCUGGAUCUCCUUCAUCAUCUGCUCGGCCUCCUUCCGGUACCCCUCGUUCAGCAGCGCCUCUUACUCCUGCAGGAAGAGAGAGGCGGACCAAUGA